AAUGCUAUCCUUCAUUGGACUCCUUUCACAUUCAUUAUCAUCCAUGGCGGAAUUCUUGACAUCUGAUAUGGCCCCAAGUUAUGAUAUCUGCUACGUCCUUCCUUCAUUAAAGAAGGCAAAAGGCUCAGACGGUCUUCCAACAGGUGUGUCUGAACUCUGAUCGCUUUACGACGACGCCAUCGUAGCAUCCAUCCGUUUUGCCGGAAUACCUGAACUUUGGAACGUUCGAUUUCCACGGUGUUUUUGUGCCUGCUCGCGUUUUGGGUCGUCCAUUUCGUUGCAUCUUUGUUCUGUUCUCAGUGGAUUAGCUUCGUUUUUUCAUUUGGAAUGUCGAAAAUUCAUUUUACGGGACACUUGAUUGAGCACGGACAUGAAAACUCCGUCCGAGCCGCAGAACGAGCGGGAAUUUUUCUUCCCGGCUCACCUGGCACGUACAGAAAAAUCAGCGCCACUGCUCAGCUGCAAAAUCAGCAAACCACAAAAUCUAAGCGGCCGACGUCUGGCAACGUGCUGUCGAACAAAAUGGCAGAAGUUUCUGAAGUCGUACCACUUGUCUGGCCAAAUGAUAAAGAUUCUUAUGAGCUAGGAGAGGUUAUUGGUGUUGGAGCCACUGCUAUUGUUCAUAGUGCAUUUUGCAAACCAAGGAAAGAAAAAUGUGCUAUAAAACGCAUAAAUUUAGAGAAAUGGAAUACGAACAUGGAUGAACUUUUGAAAGAAAUACAGGCAAUGAGUGCUUGUAAUCAUGAAAAUGUUGUAAGCUAUUAUACAUCUUUUGUCGUCAAAGAAGAGUUGUGGCUUGUUAUCAAACUUCUCUCUGGAGGUUCACUAUUAGACAUCAUUAAACAUAAAAUGAAAACUGAGGACUGUAAACAUGGUGUCUUUGAUGAAGCGACUGUUGCUACAGUUUUAAGAGAAGUUUUGAAAGGUCUAGAAUACUUCCAUAAUAAUGGGCAAAUUCACAGGGAUAUUAAAGCUGGGAAUAUUUUGCUUGGUGAUGAUGGAACUGUUCAAAUUGCAGAUUUUGGUGUGAGUUCCUGGUUGGCUACUGGUGGUGAUCUUUCCCGCCAAAAAUCUCGUCAUACGUUUGUUGGCACACCAUGCUGGAUGGCCCCAGAAGUCAUGGAACAGGUUACUGGAUAUGACUUUAAAGCUGACAUUUGGAGCUUUGGUAUAACAGCAAUCGAAUUAGUGACUGGAACUGCACCGUAUCAUAAAUAUCCUCCUAUGAAGGUUCUAAUGUUGACUCUGCAAAAUGAUCCUCCCACAAUUGAUACAGUUGCAGAAGAAAAAGAUCAAUAUAAAAAUUAUGGCAAAACAAUCAGGAAGAUGAUUGCAGAUUGUCUUCAAAAAGAUCCUUCAAAGAGGCCAUCUGCUUCAGAAUUACUAAAGCAUCCUUUUUUUAAGAAAGCCAAGGAUCGUAAAUAUCUUGUUCAAAUGCUGGUAUCAUGUGCACCUAGUCUAGAGAUAAGAGCUCAAAAAUUAAAAAAUACUAAAAGAGUUCCUGGUACAAGUGGUCGUCUUCAUCGUACUGAAGCAGGUGACUGGGUAUGGUCAUCAGAUGAGGAAUCUGACGAAAAAUCCGCUGAAACAUCUGAUACUCCUACCCAUAAAACUCCAGAAAUUACUCCUAAUGUUACACAAGCUUCAUCAACAGAAGAAAUCCCGUCAGCUACGCCAGCUGAAAGUCUUCCAACAGAGGUUACACCUCAUUCAAAUUUUACUCCACAGAAUCAAGGUUCCGUUCCUCCUUCACAAACAAGUGCUUCUGAAGAAAAUGUUGCUUCAUUAACAAAUGAAUCCAGCAAUUCAAAUCUCAUCAACUUAGUAUUAAGGAUACGAAACCACAAGAAAGAACUAAAUGACAUUAGGUUUGAAUUUGUUCCAGACAGAGAUACUGCAGAUGGAAUUGCUGCAGAACUUGUUGGUGCUGGGUUAGUUGAUGGAAAAGAUAUAAUUGUCGUUGCAGCAAAUUUGCAAAAGCUUGUAGAUAAUUUGUCAUUGAAAUCCGCAGUAUUUGCCUUGAAUCCGGGAUCCAAUCCCAGUGAUGUGCCUGAUGAAAAAGCGCUAAUAGGCUUUGCUCAGCUAUCAAUUGCAACAGAAUAAAAGUUACUUUGGGACCAAAGCUUAUUGAUUUUACCUAUGUUAAUUAGGAUUAUCGAAAAAGAGAAAAAAAAAUCAACUAGUCCAGCCUUCAGGCACUGUUGUCAGCUUUGCCAACCCCAUGAUGGGUGGUUUUUCACUUGCCUCCUUGUCUGGAAAACUUUCGUAACUUUUAUGAAAGAUUAAACUAUAUAGUUCAUUAUUUAUGAUAAGAAAAAAAAAUUGCCAAUUUAAUAUAUAUUUUGGAUUUGUGUGCCUUUUUGUAAUACAUAGAUUUCAGUGUUUUUGUUUUAUGUACCUUUCUAGUUUCCUCUCUCAUGCCAAUUCUCAUUUAUUAAUGCCACAAAUAAUGAGUCAAACACAUAUUGAAACCUAGGAAAAUGCUUUUUGCACAAAGGGGCCUUACCUGUCUUUUUGUAAUUUUGAACUUUGGUAAAAAGUAAUGAUACUCACUGGGUGGAAAAUGUUUGGCAGGUUUUGUAAAGAAUUUUUAUUUACACAUCCCAUUAAGUUUUAAUUAAGUGUUUAUUUUGUUCUUUGAAAGAACAGAUAUUGCUGUAUUUGCAUGCAGAAUAGUUCUGCAACUUGCUUCAGCAAAUUUGUGAUAUGUCCCGUCUUUUGAAAAAUAGCUGCAUGUUUGUAUUUAUUUGUAAUACUUUAAGAUACAUUGGACUAAUUUUUAAUUGGCUAUAAUUUUUGCAAUAAUUGUUGUUUGUUUUGAUAGUUUUUCCUGUAACAAAAGUGCAUUCAAAAACCUCCAUCAAAAAAUAAACUUCAUAAAGAAAA